GGUUGCACUGCCUCUGUGGUCUGCUGGUUGUUGGGCGCCUCUGUGCACUCCAGGAAGCUUCUGAGAAAAUCUUUUAAAUUGUGAGAGUUCGGUGUGAGAAAGUGUAGCUUCAAGUACACUGCGGUGUGCACGGGGGUGCCUCUGUGUGUUUGUGUGUGUGUGUGUGUGUGUGUGUGUGUGUGUGUGUGUGUGUGUGUGUGUGUGUGUGUGUGCCAGAGAGAGAGAGAGAGAGAGAGAGAUGUGGAAUCAGCAUGUAGGGAGUCCUGUGGAUUGAGGAAGAGAGUUCUAGAGAGUUCUAGAGAUCUCUAGAAUGUGUUGGCAUCCCUUCCAGGUUUCCGAUGGUCGGUCAUUGAUUGCCCGAUUAGUUGGUUGAAAUAGGACAGACUGCUGCCUAGGAUUGCAACCGUUGUUUUUGAGGAUGAAGAAGAGGAUCGUGAGCAUGCUAAUGCAGGCUGUCCGAUGUAAACGUGUGCCGUAGACGGAAAAAGAUAUAGCGCAUAGCGGUAGGAAGAAACAGCUAACAAGAGGAGAUCGGGGAUGAAGCUCAAAGUCUGUCGUCAAUGGUGGAGGCAGUCAGGAUAGCCGUUUUAGGGGUCCGUCUCCCACUGACGAGACCCAUAUUAACGUCUUAUCCAUAUUCGUAUCCCAGUGCAGUUACCUCGGGUAAUCCGGCGGUAAUUGCGGCGCCCAGUUCUCCCUUGUCUUCGUUAGGAACGUUCGCGCCAUACCCUCAGGGUGUUGCCCUGAGUGUGGUGGCGAUCUUCACAAAUGGCUAUUCAACUAUCAGUGCAGCAGUGCUUGGUACCUCCAUCCUUUGUUGCCGUCGUCAUGCCACCUUUCCUGCCACGUCAGCAGGCGCAUCACUGCGUUCAUCGGACACACGAUUACAGCCUCCUCCGCUGAUCCGUUUUGCCCGUGCUGUGCUCACAUAUCUUGGCCCGGGGCUCACAGCGAAUUUUUUGGGGGGCCAACUGAGUGAAGAUACCAUACACGCCAGGGAGAAAGUUCAAUCGACGUCACCGGGGUUGAAAGACAGUAUGGCAGCUGCUGAGGUGCGUGCGGCGUGGCAGCGCUCCUUUCGUCCGCUCACAACAACGCAUGAAGAUGCUAUAAGAAAGCAUAGCAAGAUGGGGCAUUGCCCCAUUGUAAGUGCUCCUCCUCCUCCUGCUACUCCAAGCGCUGGGGCUCCUACGCCUGCUCGUCCUUUGUCCGUCUCACAACAAGUGGAGACGAGGAAUGCACGGCCCUGUUUUAUUGCACCACGUGUCACUCCGAGAAAGGAUUUCGCAAGUCCAUUUCCUGUGGGCGGAAAUGGAAUGCCGCACCCAAUGGAGGUCAACGUAAGGGUGUCAGUGAGCUCCUGCUCGGCACCACCUGGAGGUUCUACUCAUGUCAAAAAGGGAGGAGGAGGAGGGGGAGGAGGAGGAGGGAAAGGGGGAGUGACUGCCGAAGCUUCAGUUAUGUCAGAUGGCCUUGGAGUGAGCUUAACUCUGGAGGAGGGGAGAGGGGGAAGUGAGAGGGAGCGCAAGAGGUGGAGGGCGCGCGGGGACGGUCUGGGUGUGGCAAUCUGUGCUGGAGCUUUGGGGGCAGAAGCUGUGUGUGCUGGGGAGCAGCAGCCACAGCAGCAGCAGCAGCAGCAGCAGCAGCCACAGCAGGAUGGUGUGAAUGUCCCCACACCGGUCGCUGGCGGAUCGACACAUGUCAGCCUGCAGGCGUCCAUCGUAGGGACGAAGAGGGUUGGUGCUGGUGCGUAUGAUGCUUCCACAUGUUGCAUGCCCUCUCCGGGGACCAGAGCGACAACGGCGUUCGCCUUCACCGAUUGGAGAUUAUCCGAUGACAUGAAGAAUGACAGCCAUGGUGCCGCAAGUGCAGGUUUUCCGGAAAAGGCUCUGAGGCAGCAGGAGAUGCUGCAGCCGACGACCACCAAGGCAGGCAAAAAUUCGUCGGUGUUUGCUGACGACGAUAUGGAAUGCGAGUUGCUUGCCAGGGAACACACGGACAUGUGGAAGACGACCACGAUGACACCAAUCAAGAUGAAGAGGAAGGGGAAGCAUAUGAUGGGCGAGGUAGAGACAGAGAUGAUCGGUUUCCACAAAGAGAGCUUGUUUGAUGACGUGGGCAGUGUUACAACGGUGUGUGAUGACGAGAGCAGCAGGAAGCGUGAACCAUUGACAAUGACUGAUGAUGAAUCGACAGCGGACUGCUUCCCUGACAUAGCCACCAAAGGAGAGUCGGAGUCAGCCAGCUGGCGCCAUGGCAGCUCUGAUUGGUCAUCGCCAGCGAAGGAUCAUGACGCAGAUGCGAUGACCUGGACGGAGGAGGAUCUCUACGUUGAUGACGGUGGCAAUCUUCUCCAGCCUGCAACAGGGCGGCUACCAUCGUCCACCGUCACAACCGAUUCUCCCAUGGACGAGUCGCCACCAGUCAUGCUUGGACAUGCAUACGUUAGGGUAUCUGGUUCUGGGAACAGCUCAGUAGACGGAUUGUCGUCAAGCUAUUAUACCUCCAAAAAGGACUCGUCACAGCACAAGACAAGGUUCGCGUCGACUUCAGGCAACGGCAGCCGAACAACAGACAGGGGGGCGGGGACGAGUCGAAGUGCGAGACAUGCUGACGGGGCGGUGCUGCUCGGUGAAGCGCUGUGCCGGUCGCAGACACGUGCGCGGGAGGCGGAAUUUGUGGCAGAAGCUGUGCUUAUUGAAAACCAACGACUCCGGCAGUUUGUGUUUCGGGAGGCAUCCCGGUCGUACACACACCGUCUGUGGGUUAACAUCCUUGAGGUUGAGAACGACUCGCUGAAGAUGCGGAGCUGCUGUGGAAGAGAGGGCGCCGGGGGACUACCGAUCGCGGGGUAUACGAAGGAGCAUGCUGCAAACAACAGCAGCAGUGGGCGUGGUGGAGGCGGUGCUGCUCUGAUCAACAAGUCGCAUGGUCCGGGUCUGCGGAAGCAGAAUCGAAAGGGUGAGGAUAACAUGACCAGGGCGAAAGACACGCCCUGCGAUGAAGGAGAGGUUGGCGGAAAGCAAGAGGCGAAGGGAGGAUGGGGUGGGCAAGAAGGGACCGUGCCGAACGAGAGCGGCAGCGGCUGGGUUGCGGACGUCCUGACUGUCUCGCUUGCGCUUGCUACAAUUGGGAUCUGUACAUCUGUAAAUCUCUUUGAUCAGCAGAGGGCGAGGAGCGCGGGAGAUGUGAUGUUGCUGCUGCCCGGUGAGUGUGUUCUGGAGACGGCGAAUGCCACAUCAUACUGGGACAGGAGUGUGGGAAUGGGAUGGGUGCUUUAUCUAGAAAGGUAAUAGAUCUUUCUGUUAGAUUGGGACAGUUAUGUAAUUUCCUUUGGUCGACGGAGCGCGAUGAAUGCAGGAUAUGUGACAUUGCUGCUGCCCGGUGAGUAUAUUCUGGGAACGGGAAAGCCGUAUACUAGUGUGACAGGAGUGGGUGAGUCGGUGAGUGGGUGCUUUACCUAAAAGGCAAUAGAUCGUUCUGGUAGUUUGCAAAGGGGCUGGGAUAAUUCUUUUUUCAGAUCAAGAGUGGGUCGUGUUAUGAUGCAUGAAAUUAGUGAAGGGAAAUAGUGCCGGAGGCUGGCACAUGAACCUGGACUGUGCAGGAACGGAAGACAGAGGGAUAGCAGUGAGUGAGGCUGUAGUACAGCUCACCCUUGCCAUUGCCCUUGCUAUCUUUCAGAGCUUCUUUACGAGGAGUAAUCAAGCUUCCGCUGUCGCUCGAGAAUGGCAGCGGUCGCACAAUGACAAAAGGUGCUUUGUGUACUUGUUCACACGUUAUCAGGGGAAAGCAUGGAGAAAGAAGACAUCAAAAAGUUUGGCGGGGAGCUCGUUGAUGUUUCAAACUGUGGUGAGACUUGGAAAUUUGGUCUUCCCAGGAGCUCUUCUCUCUCUCUCUCUCUCUCUCUCUCUCUCUCUCUCUCUCUCGCUCGCUCUUGCCAGGAGCUAAUCUAGUACAGUCUAGUUUUUUUGUUUCCUCUAGAACUAUAGGGUUAUGUGUAAGAGAAGUCCUGGUUCUGAGAGUUCAUUGGUUGGGACGGCAGAGUGGGGAAGAGGUAGGAUUUGCAGAUCAACCUGACUCUGGUUAGAAGCUGUACUAUGCGGCGAAGGACAUAUUCACACUUGCACUUCACAAAAAACGGAAACCGGCGAACGCUUAGAUGGAUGGAAUCGGACUGUGAUUGAGGUCAGAUGCAGUCAGAAAGUUGUGUGUGAGUAUGCCCUAACUCUGAAUUACAGUGCGUGAGUUAAGUUCUUCUAGGGAUUUGUUUGGAGGCGCACAUUUCACAGCAGGAGAUCUCGUACACGAAACACGCUGAUAAAACUUUCAAAGCCUAGGGGAUGUGUUACGACGAGGCUUGAUGUUGGCUUCGGGACUUUGUGAGAGAAUCUUUUCCCUGUGUAGCCAUCCCGAUCCGUGGCGGGACGACUGCUGAACGAAAAGGGGGGAGUGUUUUUUUGUACGUAGACGGGUGACGGGUGAGAGACGAGACAGUUAGCAUCAUCGGGAGAGCGGGUUUCCUAAUGGAAAAGGCUGCUCGUGUAGAGUGAAGAAGAAAUGCGGACACGGGUGCGAGUUAAUCCGCAUGACGGAGACAUUAGCGUAGAUUUCGCUGACAGUGGGCCCUGUCGUAUCAUGUCGUCGUCGUCGUUGUAGAUUGUUGUCCGUGCAGGCCAUGUACAAAAUGUGUACUAGCUAAAGAUAGGACCCUCAUUCGCUAGUCGACAAGGCAGGCGUCACUGUACUUCUCUGUAAAAUGGGCAUUCGAGGGAAAGUUAUAGUUGUGGCAUGUAUGCUGCUCAUCGC